GCACCCAAACCAAUGGACUCCUGUGUUCGAAUACUGCUUGUAACGCUUCCAGCGCAACCGCAAAUCAAUCCCGGCCUCCAAUUUGCCAAGCGCCUCAUCAAAAUGGGCAUUGACGUCACUUACGCAACAACGUUUUCCGCCGUCAAUCGCAUGACCAGAAGCACGACUACUCCACCAGGCUUGAACUUUUUCGGCUUCUCUGAUGGCAGCUGGGGAAUGGACAAACUCGACCAGUACAUGGAAGAGCUAAAGGGACGCGGAUCAGAGGCUGUAGCAAAACUCAUCACAUCUCAAGCUGAAGGAGGCCAGCCUUUCAUGCAUGUGGUUUACACCCCAUUUGUCCAUUGGGCAGGCCAGGUUGCACAUGAUCUUCGUGUGCCAUCCACUUUCGUUUGGAUUCAACCAGCCACCAUCCUGGAUAUUUACUACUAUUACUUGAAUGGUUAUGGGGAUUCCAUUAGGAAUAACAUGAAUGACCCAUCAUGGUCAGUUGAAUUACCAGGACUACCACCGGUAGCCGGCAGUGAUCUUCCCUCUUAUUUGUUGGCUUCAAACACCUAUAAUUUUGCACUUCAAUCAGUAAAAGAGCAUUUUGAGGUGCUUGAUGCCCAAAACAAUCCAAAAGUACUCGUAAACUCCUUCAAUGCUUUGGAGUCUGGAGCCCUAAGAGCAAUCGAGAAACUAAACUUGGUUGCUAUUGGACCGUUAAUCCCGUCGGCUUUCUUGGACGGAAAUGAUCCGUCAGACAAUUCUUUUGGAGGAGAUCUCUUUGACGAUUCAAGAGAAUAUAUCAAAUGGUUGGAUUCAGAGCCUAGCGACUCUGUUAUUUAUGCAGCCUUCGGAAGCUAUUCUCCAAUAGCCAAGCAACAGAUGGAGGAGAUAGCACACGGGCUGCUUGCUUGUGGAAGGCCAUUUUUGUGGGUGGUAAGAGCCACUGAAGACGAGAAGCUGAGUUGUAAAGAGAAAUUGGAACAACAAGGAAUGAUAGUGCCGUGGUGUUCUCAAGUGGAGGUUUUGUCACACCCAUCAAUUGGGUGUUUCUUAUCUCAUUGCGGGUGGAAUUCUUCUAUGGAGAGCUUGGUUUCCGGGGUUCCCGUUGUGGCUUUUCCGCAGUGGGCGGACCAAGUUACGAAUGCAAAGCUUAUUGAAGAUGCAUGGAAGACUGGAACAAGAGUGAAACCAAAUCUAGAUCACUUAGUCAAGAGUGAUGAGAUUAAAAGGUGCAUAGAAAUGGUGAUGGGAGGGGACGAAAUGAGGAUGAAUGCUAAGAAGUGGAAGGAUUUGGCAAGGGAAGCUGGUAAAGAAGGUGGAUCAUCGGACAAGAAUCUGAAGACUUUUGUUGAUGAGAUCAAGGCUAGUAAAGUUGAAUGAACUGUUCUUUGAAACUGGUCUAUUUGAUUGAUAGGGGUUGGUUCAUAACUCAUCUUCGUCGUUUUCUUGAGAGGUUGCAUUAUGUCAAUUUGUAUGAGCAAUAAGUGAAGUAUUCUUCCGCAGGUCCUCUCUUAA